AAGUUCUAAAAUGAAGUCCUAAUUCAAAACCCUCCGUGUCUCCCUCAGCUUCCCCAUCCACCACCGUCAGGACCGCCGAUCGCCACCCUCCAGCCUCGCCAUCUACCGCCGACCUCCAAAUCUGAAAUCUCCGUAUUCCGUAAGCAGACCUCCGUUAUGGCGGGAUGGGGGCCAGUCUGCCUUGCUAACUCGUUCCAACAGUAUUAAGCACUAACUCCAGCAGAAACAGAAGUCAAGUUGCUUUUCGUGCGUGCAGAGGAGCGAGGACAAUGCUCUGAAGAUCAUGUUGGCAUCAUCAAGAAAUUCAUGUUGUCAGUUUUCAAAAUCCAUGUUAAAUGUUUCCAAACUUUGUCGGAAGCCUCAUCUUUCUUCUAGCGUUUUCACGGAUGGUGAUCUCAGUCAAUUGUUAUUGAAAAGAACAAUCAGUCAUGUAGUAGACUCAAUCUGGAGAUGCUACUGGCCAUUAAAAUUCCAUCCUGCAUUCUCCUAUGAGUCCCCUCCAGUCAAUACAUUAUGUCAAAGAUCGUUUGGGUUUCAUUCGAAACCGUUAGAGGCUAGACAAAUGCGUGAUGUGUCAAUUGAGCUGAAGACAGAUAAAGAUGUGGUGAGAUUUUCGGUCAGUGAAGAGACACAGAAGGGUGGUUCACAUGCAAAAGCUAAGAAUGUAGGCAAAAAGAUUAAAAUGUCUAAAAGAGCUAAAGUGAAUGAACUCAGGUUUUACAGAUUGAAGGCAAAGAAGAAAAUGAAAUCGCCAAAUCCUGAAGUUAGAAUAAGAUACAAGCUUGAUAAGGCAAAACGAAAGGAGGUUUGGUUGAUUGAGAAAUUGAGAAAAUUUGAGGUUCCCAAAGCGCCGGCUGAACCACAUGACCCUGAAAUUUUGACAGAAGAAGAUCGCUUUUAUUUGAAGCGCACUGGUGAGAAAAAGAAACAUUAUGUACCUGUUGGAAGACGAGGUGUAUUUGGAGGUGUAGUUUUAAAUAUGCAUCUUCACUGGAAAAAGCACGAAACAGUUAAGGUUGUUUGCAAGCCUUGCAAGCCAGGGCAAGUUCAUGAAUAUGCUGCAGAGUUGGCACGCUUAAGUGGAGGCGUUGUUAUUAACAUCAAACCCGACAAUACAAUAAUAUUUUAUCGAGGAAAGAAUUACGCCCGACCAGAUGUUUUAUCCCCUCCAGAUACCCUAUCCAAAGCAAAGGCCUUGGAAAAGUAUAAGUUGGAGCAAUCACUAGAGCAUACAAGUCAAUUCAUUGAGAAAUUAGAGAAAGAGCUGGAAGACUACCAUGAAUACCUUGCUCAGAAGAGGGAAAGAGAGACUUUGAGGGAUUUGGAUGCUAAUACUUGAAGAUCUGCUAACGAGAAGGAUCUCCAAGCCAAGCUCCGCUGAACAGAAUACGGUGAUGAUGGCAGCGCGUUACCUUGGCACCC